UUGUCUGAUAGUUGAAUAUAUGUAAACAUUAUUGUUUUCUAAUCUCUACUGGAAUGCAGAUGCAGAUCUGUGACCUGGUACCAAGUGAAACGGAAAUGGCGAUGCCAUAUAUGGAUGGGGUGCAGUAUAACAAAACAAAUCAACCGGAGUUUUCCUGUGGCAGCUAUCGAAGGAAAAACAGGAAGCGAAAGUCUGCUAACCCUGCUAGCAUGAGUGGAGAAUCUGUGCCUUUGGUAACGGACAUUGGCGUUGGACCUGCUCAUGUUGCAGAUGACGACGAUGAUUUCGUGGAUCCUCCACGACGAUGUGAGGUGACAUCACAUCAGGAAACAUCCAAUGAUGCUGAAGGCCCUUCGGCCCCCCAACAUUCACCAAAUGAACCACAAUAUCAUGGGACGGAACGGAGUGAUCAGACAAAAAAGAUUAAUGAAAUCAUGAAGAUGCAAGAACAGAUAAAAUGUGACAUGACGGAAAUUAGGACGAAUAUGCAAUUCUUGUCCGAGUUUGUGACUGCAAUGAUAUCAAGUACUAUGGAUGAGAUUUUAAGGCUUUUCAACGAUAGGAAAGGUAGUCUUGUUAAAGAGUUUGGAGAUACGGAACCUGCUGUAGUUGGAGGUGAAGAAAGUCAUGUUGUCGAAGAAGUUCACAAGAUUGAUGAGGUGGGAAAUCAGGAACCUGUUGUUGACAGGAAAGGGAAGGGGAAGGUCGACCCAAGUGACGAUGCUACUUUUGAAUGUAGUCUUCAACCGCCAUCAUUUGACUUGGGUUUUGGAUACACACAAUUGGAUGUUUCUCACUCUGCAGAAAUUCAAAAGCGGGUAGAUGCUGUCAUAUCUGAUGUGAUCACAGCAUCUGCAAAUGUUGAGGAAGAGGAAUCUCCAACUUCUGAACCGCCUUCUGAAUUACCAAUGAAGCGGGUGUCAAGGCCAGCGAGGAUUUUGUGUUCUCCAUUUGUUGCGGGUGCAGGAAAGUUAUUCCGGCAUGACGACAGCAUUAUUGUAUUUGGAAGUUACAAAGACAAUGUUGAAGAAGCUGAUAAGUCGACAUUCUUGGGUUGGUUCCAGAGAGGAUACAAGCCCAAAAAAAGGCACGAAUAUUUUCUUCCCUUUCUUCAAUCUAUUGCUCAUAUGGUCACAGUAAAUUGUUCUUACAUUUCUUGUUUCAGGAAAAAGUUUAAUGAGCAUGAUGACGUAAUCAAACCAGCUUUUGUUAUUGGCUCAUAUCCAUUUGGUAACAAAACAUGGUUCCACCAACUCGUAGACCCUGAGACGUCUUUGAAUAGUGGGCACAUGGAUGCAUGCUUCUACUACAUUCGGCAGCUAGCAAAAUUUGGGAAAGUACAGUACAGAGCUACAACAACAAACUCCUCUUUCCAGAACAUGAUAAAAGACAUAUACCCCGCUUUCAAAAAAGAUCCUAAUGUUCUGUUGUCAGGAAGCCGGUUGUUCCAGGUGGUCACAGGUGAUAGCAUAACUAUGAGCACACCUUGGGCUGAUGUAGACUAUGUGUUCAUGCCUCUCCUGCCCACGAAUAAAGCUCACUGGUUGCUAGGUCUGCUAGAAUUCAGAAGCCACAGAUUGAUCGUGUUCAAUUCAGCCGGUAAAACUUACCAUGACUGGAAGGUGCUAAAAGGUGUUGAGCCUUAUGUGAAGAUAUUGCCUGCUCUAAUGAAUGCAUUGGGAAUUUCGAAAAAAGACCCUGACUAUAAUGGAUCUGGGUGCAUGGAAUUGAAGGUGACCGUUGACACUGCCAUACCCCAACAGAUGAAUGGUCAUGAUUGCGGAGUGUUCGUCAUAUUAUAUGCGUUAUAUAUCCUUCGAGAUGGCAGAUGUUCUAUACCACAGAAAUUUGAUGUCGCCAAAUGUAGACUUGAUAUUGCAUCGCUACUCUACAAACACCGGGAGACCUAUGUGAAGAAUCCGAGGCAAGCCACAAAAGGAGAAGGCAUUGUCAUUGAAUGA